UCAUAAAUAUAUCUCUGUCAUAAGAUAUCUUUCUCAAGGUAAUGUUCCCUAUUUUUAAAUAGUGCUUCAUCCAUAUCCUCAACACUUUAGAUAAAACAGCAGGUUUCAUAAAAAGUUAUUUUUUUCUGAAAAUUCUAUAACAAAGAAAAAAUUUUCUUGUAUCGUUACAUUAGAUAAGAAUUCUUAUCUCAUAUACAUACAAAGUUCUCUCUGAUUUUGCGUUAUUAAUAUUUGUGUAAAAAAAAAUAAUUUAAUGGUUUUUAAUACAAAAUACAAGUUCCUCUAUACUAAAUCACAAUAAUUUAGUGACGAAUAUUGGUAAAUUGAUAUAUAAUGAAUAUAUUAAAAGAAGUACUGAGACAAAGGAUAAUAUUAUGGACAGUUAUCGGUGUAUGUGCUGGAAUUUCAUUAGGACUCAUUCUUAAAACUUUUACUCUUCAACCAUGGACCAAACGAAAUGUAAUGUAUCUAAAGUUUCCUGGAGAACUAUUCAUGAGAAUUGUAAAUUGUUUGAUAUUGCCUCUUAUAACAUCCAGUAUAGUGAGUGCUACUUGCAACUUGAAAAAAUCAGGUCGCAUUGGAACAAUGGCAUUAUAUUACUAUACAACAACAACAUCACUUGGAAUAAUACUAAGUGUUAUACUAGUUCAAACAAUAAGACCUGGUGAUUUACUUAAAGAUAAAAACAUCAUAACACAAAAUACAACAAGAUAUUCAAUAACAAUGGACACAAUAUUAGAUCUAUUUCGAAAUUUUAUCCCAGAAAACAUAGUGAGUGCAACCUUAUUCCAGUAUCAAACUGCAUUACAAAAAUCAGAGAAUGAAUCGGUACCAAUUGAUGAAUGGAAAAUAGAUCAUAUGAAUGUACCAGGAACAGAUGUAUUAGGAUUAGUAGUUUUUAGUUUAAUCUUGGGAUUAGCAAUUGGAGAUAUAGGUGCAAGAGGAGAACCUUUAAUAAACUUUUUUCUAUCUUUAUCAGAUGCAAUGAUGAAGAUCAUGAGUUGGGCAAUAAUGCUAGUACCAAUAAGUGUACUAUUUCUUAUUUCUGCAAAAAUUCUUGAAGUAGAAGACUUUAACAGUUUAAUAAAAAGGCUUGGAAUUUAUAUUUUAACUGUCUUCAGUGGUUUGCUUAUACAAGGUUUAAUAUUACUUCCUCUAUUGUAUUUUAUAUGUACCCGUCAAUCUCCAUACAACAUCAUAUUUAAACUUGGACCAGCUUUUGCUACAGCAUUUGGUACAUCAUCAAGCACAGCUACAGUUCCAGUAACAAUAUCAUGCUUGGAACGCAUUGGAAUACCUUCUAAAAUAUCUAAGUUUAUUGUACCAAUUGGAGCCACCAUAAAUAUGGAUGGUAUAGCAUUAUAUGAAAGCAUUGGCGCAAUUUUUAUAAUUCAAUUGCAUGGAUUACAAUUUUCAUUGUUCAAGAUCAUAAUAAUCUGAAAAUCUAACGGUGCAAACAUGUAGAGAAUGGAUAUAAUAUGUAAAAAUAUGCGAAAUAUUUCAAGGUGCUUAUUUUAAUAUUUAGGAAGUAAAUGAAUUCUCUACAUAGGUUUAAUUCUUUUAACUGCAAUUAUAAAAAUAUAAAUUUGCAUAAAAAUCCGUAGUCUAAUAAUAAUAAUACAAUAAUACUGGAAAAUUUACAGUAUAACAUGUACUUUGUCGUGUAUUGGUGCUGCCGGCUUACCUAGUGGUGGUUAUGUAAUGUUAAUAAUGGUAUUAAAUUCCGUGGGAGUUCCAGUAGAAGAUGUUUCAUUAAUUAUCGCCAUUGAUUGGUUCGUGUAAGCAUCCAACGAUGUAUUUAUGCGAUUUUAAACAUUCAUUAAAAUAUUAAUAAUCACAA